AUGGAUAAUGCAUUGGGUGCAACAGAUGUUAAUGUAGAGAAUUUUGAUUUGGAAUUGGAUUGGAAACCAAGAAAAGGAAUGGAGUUUGAUUCUAAACAAGCAACUUAUGACUUCUACAAUAGAUAUGGAGGAAAAGAGGGGUUUAGUAUUAGAAGGGAGAGUCAUGCUAAGAAUAAGAAAACUGGUGAAAUCACUUCAAGAGUAUUUGUUUGCUGUAAGGAAGGUAUUCGAUCCAAAGAUAAGAGGGAUUACAUGAUUAGAAAAUCCAGAGCAGAGACACGAACAUGUUUCCAUGCUGAGCUUUGUAUUAAAUUGAAUAGGGAGAAAAAUAAGUUCUUUGUUACCCAUUUUGUUGAAGAGCACAAUCAUCCUCUUGUGGUGAAAGAAUGUUCCCACAAGCUUCCUUCGCAACGGAAAGUACAAGACUGUCAAGACAUUGAUAUAGACUUAGCACAUAAUUCUGGAAUUGGUGUCACGUCUCUAUAUGAGUUGAUGGAUAUUUAG